AUGGCAUACUUCGAGUACAGAAACCAACCAGCGAAGGUGCUAUGGCUCACCUACUUCCUCUCGACCACGCUUCUCUUCCAGCUGCCUGCUUGGAUUUUUCUAUCAGCAGUCCCUGCUUUCAGGCCGAGGAGAUCAUGGGGCUUCUUGCGCACCUUCACCGUGCACUUCAUCAAAGCGUUUGCUAACGAAAUGCCGUUUAAGAUUGGUAUCCAGUGGGCAGGAGGCGGCAGUGAGAAGGAUUCAGCACAUCCAGAACAAACAGGCUUCGCCUGGGUCAACCCGGUCCCGGAGUCACUUGUAGUCGGCGAGAUAAAUAGUGUGGCGCGACACAACGACGCUGCACCCGCGCGCGCCCCCGGAUACCGGUACAGGGCCCCAAACCAGAGGGGAAAGCACGACCAGCCCGCUCAGAACGGGGAGCGGACAACACACCAUCCUCACGGGGGAGCGCAUAUUUCAGGGUCUGCCGAUCCAAAGGGCUUUCAAGUGCCCACGAUCCGCGCAAUCCUCGAAACCUCCAGCACGGUUGUCCAGCGCGCGUUCGCUGUCGAGUACCGACUUGCUUCCUCUGCACCAUUCCCCGCCGCCAACCCGUUCCUAGUCGCCUUAGUCGACGCUCUAUCAGGAUACUAUUAUCUCGUCGAGGAUCUCGGGUUCAAGCCUGAAAACAUCAUCGUCGCGGGAGACUCCUCCGGCGGACACCUCGCGGUCGCGCUCACGCGGUACCUCGUCGGAGCCGCCAUCUCAUCACUCGCCACUCCCGGCGCUCUCUUCCUCCACUCGCCGGCCAUGGACUGA